AUGAAAUUUGCGGAUCUUUCUUCACACGAUGCCGAAACAAUUAAAAAGACCGUCAAGAUUUUUGAAGAAGGCGGUUCGGGAACUGUGAAAACAGCUCAACUUGGAAAUUUGUUGCGUUAUCUCAAACUAAUUCCGACUAAUGCUGAGAUCGAACAACUGACCCAAGUGGGAGAUCCACAAAAUACCGGUCAAAUACGUCAGACAGUGCUUUAUCAUAUCAUUGCAGAUUUAUGGCCGUCAAAUCCAUCGGAAGUAGAACAACGAGUUUGGAGCGCAUUCCUUUCUUUUGACAAGCUGGAUCAGGGUGUGCUGACAUCAGAAGAAUUUCGACUAAUUCUAACAAGUAUUGGACACGAACCGAUACCCGAGUUUGAGGUGAAAAAGAUACUCAAAGAAUUUGCGGAUCCGAAAACCGGCAAAGUUCCUUACGGUGAAGUUAUACGCACGUGGAUGAAAUGA